CCAUCUAUGUAUCAGUGGUUUAUUUCAGACAUAUAGCUUUGUUUAAACUAUUGCUCAAUCAUUUAUAUCAUAAUUAACGUUAUUCCAAGGUAACAUUUUCUUUGUGAAAGCGGAGUACAUUUAAUGAUGAUUCCAAUGUUUUGAUAAGAAGGAAGUAAAAAUUUUAGCGUAAUAACAACUGAAAUUUGGAGAUGGUGAGUUGUUGAGUUGCUUCAAGUGGUGUUAUUAGCGAGGAGGAAGUUAUAAAGAUUAUUAAUUCAUGAUACAAUGAAAAUGACAAGGACAAUCAAAGUUGCCAAACAUUUCAUCAUAUUGAGAUAGAAUCGUUCAAAACAAAUCAGUUAUGAGGGGAGAAAUGGAAUUGGCUUUAGUUUGGAUAACAACAACACUCACGUUAAUUUGUCAUCAAGCAUUUGUAUCAAGUGGCCAACAAUACGUGCCUUCUGAGAAAUGUGGAUGGAAUAAAUACCACUGCUCCUUAGCAGUUCCGGAAGUUGAGUUUAACGAACACGGAAAGAUGAACGCGCACGUUUCACCUGCAGUCAAUGAGGAUUUGUGGAUUGGCUUAUACAAAACGCAACUGACUUUUACAUAUAUAGGCUGCGGGUCCUUUUCUCAACUAAAUGGUUCUAAACAUGACGGAUCUGAUAUUGAUCAAAUUUACUACGAUAGAGCAUAUAUUGUGAAGAGUCUUGGAGAUUGUAGGCUAGCAACUGGUUGUCAAACCGUUGGAAUACAGAAGCACACACAGGACAUAAAGUGCAUUUGUGUGAAGAAUGAAGGAUUUAAUGCCAAUUUAAAUUGCAAUAAGCUUUGUUCGACAGACGGUGUCAAGUACCCAUGUGGCGAUGUUGGUACAAACUUCUCUGUAUAUACAAUGGAAAAUAAACGCUGUAUAAUGUGUGCAAUGGAGGGAAACUGUUUACUAUUUAAAUAUGACAGCAGUACUGGAAUGAGGGCGUACGAAUGGAACUCGUGUGUUAAAUCAUCUUCAUUUCCAAAAAUAAUAUGCGGUAAUACAUCGUUUACAGAUCAAUACUUGACGGCUGUACCCUCGACUAAAAACGUCGAGACGUGGUCUAGGUCUGCAGAAACAUGCAUUUUACAAAGACAAUAUCCAGCUUCAUUGAAAAGUAUAGAAAAAGGAAAAUAUAACGAUACCUUUAACCAACUACAUUGGACAGGGAUAAUACGGUUAAUGUCCAUAGUAACCCUCAAAGAGAACUUUUCGGCAUGCUAUUCAGACACGAAUACUAAAAUGGCUGGUUACAUUAGACAUGGCAAGAACAAAGUGCAGUUUGACCUCAGAAACAUGAGCAAACAAUCUUUGUGUUUAUCAGAUACAAACAAUAUAAAAAAGAUAGAUAACUGCCCAUCCACCAAGCAAAUGUUAUCGGGUAACUGCACCAGUACAACCGGACUAUUCACAAGCUCUACAAUUCGCGAUGUCCCACACAACAUAAACACUGAGACGUCAAAAGGUGUGCCUGCACAAACGGCGGUUGGUGUAAGUGUGUCUGUGAUCUUGGUCCUAAUGGCAGUGGUUAUUAUCCUGAAAGUAUUACAUAAACGCGGUUUGUUUCCAAUUAGUCAGCAAAGAAAACAUAACAAAGAUCAGGUCUUUACAACCUCUCCUGGUAUUUCCAUGGCCGUCUUGGAAGCGACUUCCAACAAACAACAGAACGUGAUGCCCACUGAUCAUUGUUAUUUUGUGUUAGAAAGUUCAAAACCAGUCGAUAUGACCUCUCAGAAUCAAAUCACUGAUAUUGAUUGCAAUCCCGAAGAAUAUCAGUAUAACUAUAUAGAGGACACAGACAAUUGCAACCGAUCUUACAAUGGCACUUUAGAAGAAUAUGAUACUGCGAAAAUAACACAAACCGGAAAGCAGAACAAAGACGAACUGGAACAAAGCUUUAACGUUUACAACAAAUUGGUACAAGAUGCAUCUGGUGAAAACAACGAUGAAUACGACCACGUCAACGCCACAACAUUGUCAACAUUUGAAAAAACAAACAUUGACAAUAGAUAUCACUGCACUGAAGCAGAAAUCGGUGAAAAUGCGUACAAUCACUUGAGCCCGCAGAUGCUUGAUAGAAACAUGACAGACAACACAUACAACGUCACCGAAAGUUCGACUAGAGAGGGUGAUUAUAACAUCGUUGAAAACAGUGGCAACGCUAGCGCUAUUAAAUCUACUUUUAGCAAUAAUUACGACAAAGUGGCACUGCAACAUCUUGAUUAGAAGCAGUAGUUACAUUCAUACACAUCGAUGGAACGCUAAAACUGAAACUGUAAAUAAAAUAAUGAAAAACACGAGCAAAUUACGAUCAUCCUGUUGAAAUGCACAAGUUCAAAGCCACUGAACUUGAGACGGACAUUGUUCAUCUCUUUUAAAAAGUUCCACCGAUCAAUUGCAUUACCGAUGUUAAUUUGUCGGGCUCGACGUCUACGUUGUUUCGUAGCAGUUUUUUGCUUUCUUGCUCUGUCCAAUCUUUUGGGAAGCCUUUAAGUUUGUAUUAUAUUAAGCAUGUGAAAUCACGUCAUGUUUGUUGAUAAAUAUACUAACGCUAUUUUUAGACUUACUGGGAAUAACUAGGUAAACAAAUCUAGUAUAUUUCGAUUUGAAAAAAAAAAUGCAAACAACUGCGAAAUAUUAAUGUGUCGUAAGUGGUGUAAAGAUUCAAUGCGUUGUACUCAACGAUAUCAAUUUUAUUUAAGCUUAUGACAAUUGUCUUUUUUUCUGGCAAUUGUAUCAUCUAGUGUCUAGUCCCUUUAAUAGAUACGUAUAGUGCAUUAGUUCACACUUUAGAUUCCAUUCGGUCCAGUUGAUUGGUUCGAUCUGUUCGAUCGGUCCGGAAAGCCUUAACCCGAACAACGUAAAUAUCAGAUAAUGGUUUGACAGGUUAUGUCUGUAUCGGGUCGUUGAGUACUUAAAGAAAGUUGUUUUAUGUGUAUAUAACAUUUUUAAGUUUUCGCUUUCGCAAUUUUGGCUUCUAUAUUUAAUUUUUAAUUAUUUUUACAUGUUUGAACAUAUGUGAUUUUGACUUCUAAUAAACGAUAUUAACCCCCAA